AUGGGAUCUCCAGCUCCUCCUCAGAACCCCCGCAGGGUUGAGAGAAAGAGCCGGGCUCGCCGCAAGGUGCCAUUGGCUUGCGAUCCGUGUCGUGAGCGCAAGUCACGCUGCGAUGGAAAGAUGCCCAUAUGCGCGGCUUGUGAACGACGUUCGUUGCCUUUGGAGCAAUGUGUCUAUUCAUCAGAUAAUGCUCGCACAGAAAGUAACGCGGCCUAUAUUCAAAGUCUUCACGCUCGCAUUCGACACUUAGAGGGUGUUUGUAUUGCGGCCAAUAUUGCACCGUACUCUGCGGAUUUAGGGCUUUUAGCUGAUGAUGUUUCCACGCGAGAUUUACCGAUGGGAAACGAUUCGACCUUUGUUGAUAAUGUCACUGAAGCCGGAAGACCAGCUAUCUCAAGAAACUCCGGAGAUAACGUGCGCAAUACCCUCACUCCAAUAGCCCCUCGUGAUUUCUCAAUGAAUGAUUUGGCCACUCCACAGUCGAAUGUGCAAAAUGCCACCAACGUACAAACCCCAUAUGUGCUUGACUCUGAGCGGGAGCGUAGACAGUCAUCAUCACUCUUUGAGCUCACAAGUAACAUCACCGCUAUGGGUACCAUUUCAGCUCCGGAAGUUGAUGAAGGAGCACGCUCUCCCGACGCUGAAUAUUAUGGAAGUUCGUCGGCCGUUGAGUUCAUGCGCCUAGCUCGCAGGUCCAUCAGGCAUCGCCGUGCUACUGAAGCCGAUAGACACGCGAGUCGGUCACAUCCCGAGUCGCAUACGUCGGCAAUAAUCCGAAAAGCCUGCACGCCAUCUACACGAUUUGUAUUCGAAGACACCCCACUCCCUCCUAGAGCAUUGGCAGACCAUCUGUUGGAAUGCUUCUGGGAUCGUGUUUUCUGUUUAUACCCAUUUUUCCAUCGCCCUAGUUUUCAGGACGCCUACGAGAAUCUAUGGGUCCCGCACAGACAGCCUCACCGAAAGCUUACAAGAUCGGACAUUGGUCUCGGCAGUAUCUGGGCUUCCGACCUCCAGUCCCCGGUUUUUCAAAGCUCUCUGAACGCCAUCUUUGCUUUAGGCUGUCAUUUUGCUGACGUUUCCGAGACGCAACGACAGGCAUUAUCACACACCUUUUUUCUGCGCGGUAAAAAACACAUAGGGUUAGACCUACUCGAUAUCAAAACGAUUGGUGUUGUACAGUCCUUUCUCCUUACUACACUUUAUCUUCAAAGAGUGGCAUGUCGAGUGGCGCAAGGGCUAGGUCUGCAUCAGGCUUUCGGGGAUGUCACCAAGGAUCCACUGGAACUUGAAAUUCGCCGUUGUACAUGGCUGACACAAGGGAACAAAAUUAUGCAGCAAUUGGAAUUAAGGAACUAUGGUGAGAUGGCUACUGUGCAUCUUGGUUCAAAAACCUGGGUCUUCCUCAAUACGCAUCGUGUCACGCAAGAAAUAAUCGCCAAAAGAGGCAGCAUAACUAACGGUCGAUCCGAAUAUCCCAUUGCAAGUGGUAUCGUCAGUCGCGAUGGUCGCUCACUGGUUCUUCCUCCUGCAAAAUGGGCCGAAAAGCGACGGGUCAUGCAUCAUCUUUUGAAUGGAUCAGCCUUGAAGAAGUAUGGAGAAUUCCAAGAAAUGGAAAGCACUCAAAUGUUGGCCGAGUACCUCUUUAAGCCGCGAGAUUGGUACCGCAAUCACUAUCGCUAUGCCAACUCAGUUGUCCAUCGCAUCGCUCUUGGAGAAAGAUUUGUCAUGUCAGCGCAAAAUCUGGUAAAUACGCAAAGGUUGGUAGCCGAAUUUACUGGUAGCAUUGGGGCAAGCAUAAUCGAUUGGUUCCCGGCUCUGGCCAAGCUGCCCAAGUUCUUGCAGCCCUGGCGGCCCUACUGGGAAAAAGUUGGACAAUUCCAUUACGAUGUUUAUCGGACUUGGUGGGAUCCGGUAAAGAAACAUAUCGAUGAGGGUACUGCACCCCCGUCAUUUGCGCGAGACGGGCUUCUUAGCCCCGAUGCAAAAUUCUCCGGGGAUGAACAAGAAGCUAUGUACGUAACCUUGCAGCUGAUCGAAGCUGGAAGCGAUACUACACGGGAGGUUUUGAAUUGUUUUGUCAUGGCUACAUUGUGCUAUCCUCACAAGUUUCAAAAGCUGCGCGACGAGGUCGACAAAGUAUGUGGUAGUAAUGCAGAGCGUCUUCCUGCGCUAACAGACAUUGACAACAUCCCAUACGUGCACGCCUUUGCAAAAGAACUUCUACGAUGGCGGCCCAUCUUCAUCUCGACACCUGAUCAUAUGCUUACCGAGGAUCUUGAGUUUGAGGGCUACAUAUUUCCUGCAGGUACUUGUUUUGCUAUCAACGAGGUUGCUGUAGGUUACGAAUGCGAGUCACCCACUGAGUUCAUACCGGAACGAUGGCUAGAUGGAAACGAGACCGACAUCACAAAUGGUUUAUGGCAAUUUGGUGGCGGUAGAAGGAUUUGUGUGGGCUACAAGCUUGGCCACCGAAGUCUUUUCUUGAAUAUCGCGCGUCUGGCGUAUUGCUUUGACUAUCAGGCGACCGGUCCUUAUGAUAGCCGACAUCUGAAUUACGAGAGUACUGGUGAACCUUUUCCGGUUCUGCCGACGGUAAGGAGUGAGGCUCAUCGAGAGUUGAUCAUAGACGAGGCAAAGAGAGCAGACGUGUAUGAAGAAGCGAAGUUAGAAUACGAGAAGGUCCCAGAAUGGAGGCCGGAAUAUUAG